GCCCAAGUCCUCCCUCUACCCAGGUGCUCCUUCCAGCCCUAUUUCGGUAAAAUAAUCUACCAUUUGCCCAGUCGCUCAAGCCGGACACUCGGGAGUCACCCCUCGCCCUCCUCACCCCUACACGUAAUAAUGGACCUGCAAGUUCUGCGGGUCCUAGGGCCUCAGCUUGGCACUUUUCGCUGUUUAUAGCUCCACCAUCUCUCUAGCCUGACCCCAGCCACCGGGUCUCAUCCCUGUUCUCUGCUCCUUCCGUCUUUGGCCUCUAAAAUAACGCCCCCAUCUUCCCACCCAAAACCCCAGUGCAAGUCAUUCUCUUGUAGUCAGAAUCACCCUUUAAAAGCCAAAUCCAGUUAUUUUAUUUCCCAUUCCUCUUAAAAUCCACAGUACUUCCAUAACCUAUCUCCAUGCUAGAUCCAGUAAACUGAGUGUAUAGUGUCUUGUGUACAUGGUAUUGUUUUAUGUGCUUGGGAUAUAGCAAUAAACAAAACAAAGUCCUUCAUUUGUAGGGGUCACAUUCAUUGUAGUAGGGGGCAGGCAAUAAAUGAAUCAAGAAAUACAUAUAUAAGGGGUGCUGAUAUGAAAAAAAAGUAGUAUAAGGAAAGGAGUGGUGGUGAGGAAGGAGAACCUCGAUUUUAAGAACUUUCCUCCCUCCUGCUCACAUUCCUGUUGCCCCUCCCCAGUCCAGGGAGUUGUCUGUCCACAACUGGAAAAUGAGAUUUUUCAUUCACUUAGUGAAGAAAAUAUGACAGUAUGAUGCCUAGAAAGGCAAAUAACGUCCUAUGUACACUAAACUUUGGAAAGUAAUGUUUUUCGUAGAUGUCAUUAUUAAUAUACCACCAAAAUGUGUUUUGGUUUCCAUAGUGCACUUACCUUUAUCAGAAAGCCAACUUUUAUUCUGCUUAUCUCUUGUGCUUUUGUUUGCCUUUUCCUCACCCGGGCCCUCUGAAACCAAAUAAAAAGGCCAGAGAGAGCCUGGUUGAGAUUUCUCGUGCAGGUAGGCAGCAGUUAAGGACUCUGGAAGGGACAGUGUCUUUUGUUCUAGUUCAUCAUGGAUUGGCUUCAGCUCUUCUUUCUCCAUCCUGUGUCACUUUAUCAGGGGGCUGCGUUUCCUUUUGCGCUGCUGUUUAAUUAUCUCUGCAGGAAGGAUUCAUUUUCCACUUGUGCCAGGUACCUCUUCCUCCUGGCCGGGGGAGGCGCCCUGGCCUUGGCCGCCAUGGGUCCCUAUGCUGCUCUUGUCGUCAUCCCUGCUCUCUGCGCUGUGGCUCUGCUCUGCUCCCUCGGCCCACAGGAAGUCCACAGGUGGGCUUUCCUCUUCCAGAUGAGCUGGCAGAGCCUGUGUCACCUGGGGCUGCACUACACGGAGUAUUAUCUGCAAGAGCCUCCUUCCAUGAGGUUCUGCAUCACUCUUUCUUCCCUCAUGCUCUUGACCCAGAGGGUCACGUCCCUCUCACUGGACAUUUGUGAGGGGAAAGUGGAGGCAACAUCAGCAGGCAUCAAGAGCAGGAGCUCGCUGUCUGAGCAUCUGGGUAAGGCACUGCCCUAUUUCAGCUACUUGCUCUUUUUCCCUGCUCUCCUCGGAGGCCCUUUGUGUUCCUUCCAGCGAUUUCAGGCUCGUGUUCAAGGGUCCAGCUCUUUGUGUCCCAGGCACUCUUUCCGGGCUCUGACCUGGAAGGCUGUGCAGAUUCUAGGACUAGAGUGCCUCAAGGUGGGCGUGCGCAGGGUGGUGGGUGCAGGAGCGGGACUGGCCGAUUGCCGGCAACUCGAGUGUGUCUACGUCAUGUGGGCCACAGCCGGGCUCUUCAAACUCACCUACUACUCCCAGUGGCUCCUGGAUGACUCUGUCCUCCAUGCAGCAGGCUUUGGGCCUGUGUCUGGUCAGAGCCCUGGGGACGAGGGAUAUGUCCCCGAUGCAGACAUCUGGACACUGGAAACAACCCACAGGAUAUCCCUGUUCACGAGAGAGUGGAACCACAGCACAGCUCGGUGGCUCAGACGGCUCGUGUUCCAGCAUAGCAGGGUCUGUCCACUCUUGCAGACGUUCGCCUUCUCUGCCUGGUGGCAUGGACUCCACCCAGGACAGGUGUUCGGUUUCCUUUGCUGGGCUGUGAUGGUGAAAGCUGACUACCUGAUUCACGCCUUUGCCACUUUGUUUAUCAAAUCCUGGCCAGGGAGGCUGCUCUAUAGAACCCUCGCCUGGGCCCACACGCAGCUGAUCAUUGCCUACAUCAUGCUGGCUGUGGAGGUCAGGAGCCUCUCUGCCCUCUGGUUGCUGUGGAAAUCCUACAACAGUGUCUUCCCUGUGGUGUACUGUGUUCUGCUUUUUCUAUUAGCGAAGAGAAAGCACAAAUUUAACUGACAUCUUUCCUCGGCUUUCAUCCUCUACAACAGUGAAACAGAGUUUAGAAAGUGCCAGAUGAUGCAUUGAUAACACGUGUGUUCGAACUUUUCCAUAAUAAAGGAUUGGAUGGAUAUACCUGAUGAAUUGCCAUAGAAAUUUGUGUGUCUGCUUUACUGAGGACACAAAAAAGAAAAAGACCUGGUUUCUUCCCUUAGAGUUGACAAUCUAGGUGUGGAAGCAAAGUUUAAAUAAAGCAAUAGAUAAAAACACAAGGUGCUGUGAACCAAAUGGCAAACGGUCUAUACGUGGAUGCCCAAAAAUUGAGAGUCCAGUUGACCUACUAGAACGUGAACUUUAGCAACACAAAGACAAAAACAAAACAAAACCUAAAUCAUAUCAUCAGACUGGUUUGCUAUAUGAACUGAAGACUCAUCCCGAAUCCAUAAGUUUGAAAAAUUUGGCCCAAAUUUGGAAAUUUGAAAAAUUUGGUCUAAAAAUGGUAAGGCUGACAUUAUUCUCAGAGAUACAUUAGCAAACUGAAAAUCCACCUAAGACUUGAUAACUACUUACAUAAUUGUUAAAUACAAAACCGACUCAUGAAAUGUGUCUUACAAAGAGACCAAUAACAGGAAGUAAACACUUUUAGCAUAACUUUGAGGGUAGGUCUGAUUCCUUUUUCUUGGCAUAUCCUAAAUAACUGCCUCUGUUUUUUCCUCUGUUAGGAUUUAAAAUGCACCAAGAGAAAGGUAUCAGGACCUCCAAGCAGUACUGAAGCAAUGUCAUACCAGCAUGUUCAAAGUUUUGCCACCUGUGCAGGCCACCCAUGCUAUUUUAUAAUUACCAUUUUUCUUUAAUCAACUUUAAUUCAGCUUUUUAAAACUCACGUUCCUUCGAAGCAAUGGCAUUGAUGCCCUUUGGUGUACUAAUUAUAUUUGAUUCUAGUACUAACUACAAGAAACACACACUUGUUCAAACUAAAAAUGUUUAUUCGUGUACUGUU